AUGGAGCUCAAACCCUUAUGCCCUCCAUUUGUGAUGCGUCUUCUCUCCUUUCACCCUCAUUGCGGGGAAAGAUGGAAGGAGCGCGCUGGUAGGGGGAGCAGCCAUGUGUGUAGGGAAGUCGCAGGGGUGGGUGGGAGAGAGAGAGAGAGAGGCGUGUGGACGGAGGCGUCGGUGAGGAUGACUGCGGCCCCAUUCACAAUUGGGAAUUUGUUUCUCUCCAAAAGGAGGGGAGAAUAUAAUAAUAAUAAUAUUAACAAUAAUAAUAAAGGAGAAGUUAUGUUGGUGGUGAGGGAGAGACGAGGGAACAAAAUUCACAUCGCUGUCUGUGCCGCUUCUGUUGCGAACCGCUGGAUUCUUGUGAUGUGUGUCCAUGCGGUUUCUUUUUUUUUUUUUUUUUUUUUUUUUGCGUGA